AUGAAGCUGCUUUUAGUUAUUUCAGUAAUAGCAUGUGGCUAUGCGGAGAAAUUAGAUAGAACUUACUUGCCUCCUGCUAAUGCGGCAAGUUCCGGCGGAAGCCCCGGAGCUUUAAUUGCUCCGUUUGGAAAUGGACCAUCAGGCCCAAAAUCACCAGGGUUUGGAGCAUCUUCAAAUUUGCCUGGUAUUAAGCAAACUGAGGCUUCUUUUGGACAAUCCUCCCAAUUAACGUCUCAACCGACUGAAACUGGGCUCGGAUCAAACGUCGAUCAAACAAAAUCUGGCGGAUUCAGUCUACCUAGCGGGCCUGCUGGAACUAAAACUUCUGCGUUUGGUCAGAAUACAGGAUAUGGCCAAGGUGCAGAUGGUUCACUCACCCAAUCUUCUUCAUUAAAUCAAGGCGGACAAGCAAACUCAUUCGUUAGCCAGACAUACCAGCUUCAGCGGGCUCAAAGUGAUUCAGAAAGGAAUGCACAAAUUCUGAGAUACGAAAACCAAAACGACGGUGAAACAUACUCUUACAGCUUUGAAACCUCUAACGGUAUAUCUGCCGAGGAAUCAGGCAUUGCUACCAAUGGAGUGAGAGCUCAAGGAGGAUUCUCUUAUACAUCCGAUGAUGGUGAAAAGAUAACAGUGACGUAUACUGCUGACGAAAAUGGCUUUCAACCUCGGGGUGAUCAUUUGCCUACUCCACACCCAAUUCCUGCGGAGAUACUUAAGUCUAUCGAAGAAAACGCGAGAGCUGCAGCAGCUGGCGUACAAGAAGGUGCUUACCGACCAGAGGAGUAUGAAACUGGAGUGUCUAACCAAAUAAGUGAUAAAGCUACAAAUUCGGGUGAUGGUCAACAGGGGUAUGGAAAAGGAAACGGAUACCAACAGCAAGGUCAAGGUGCCUUUGGACAAACAACUGGAUCGCGUGGUGAGAGUGGUUAUGGACAGAGCAGUGGAUCUCAAGGACAAGGUGCUUAUGGACAAACUGCUGUAUCGCAGGGUCAGGGUGGGUAUAGACAGAGCAGUGGAUCACAAGGACAGAAAGCUAAUCAACAGACAGCUGGAUCACAAGGUCAGGGUGGGUACGGACAGAGCAGUGAGUCACAAGGACAGAAAGCUAAUCAACAGACAGUUGGAUCACAAGGUCAGGGUGGGUACGGACAGAGCAGUGGAUCGCAAGGACAAGGUGCUUACGGACAGACAGCUGGAUCGCAAGGUCAGGGUGGGUACGGACAGAGCAGUGGAUCACAAGGACAGAGGGCUUAUGGUCAGACAGCUGGAUCGCAAGGUCGGGGUGGGUAUGGACAGAGCAGUGGAUCACAGGGACAGAGUUCUUAUGGACAGACAGCUGGAUCACAAGGUCAGGGUGGGUAUGGACAGAGCAGUGGAUCACAAACACAGGGUGCUAAUCAACAGACAGCUGGAUCACAAGGUCAGGGUGGAUAUGGACAGAGCAGUGGAUUACAAAGACAGGGUGCUAAUCAACAGACAGCUGGAUCACAAGGUCAGGGUGGUUAUGGACAGAGCAAUGGAUUACAAGGACAGGGUGCUUAUGGACAGAGAGCUGGAUCGCGUGGUCAAGGUGGUUAUGAACAGAGCCAUGGAGCACAAAGACAGGGUGCUUAUGAACAGAGAGAUGGCUCGAGAGGUCAGAGUGGUUUUGGGCAAGCUUCUGCAUCGCAAGGACAAAGUGGAUAUGGAAAGACUGAUGGAUCGAGAGGACAAGGUGCCUUUGGGCAGGCUUCUGGAUCACAAGGGCAGGGUAUCUUUGGACAAAAUUCUGGAUCACAAGACCAGGAUUCCUUUGGACAGACUUCAAGAUCGCAAGGGCAAGGUGUUUUUGGGCAAACAGGGGGAUUGAAAGGGCCGGGAGCCUUUGGACAUACUGCUGGAUUACACAGUGAAGGUGCCAUAGGACAUAGUAUUGGAGCACAAGGACAGGGUGCCUUUGGACAAAUAAGUGGUACUCAAGCAGAAGGUCGAUUGAGUCAAGGUCAACAAGGUUUUGGUCAAGGGGCAAAUAAAUUAUCAUCAGGUGCUCAAGGCCAAGGACUUCAAAGUUCAUCUCAAAGUCAAAGGGAGUCAGGAUACGAAUAUAAUCGUCCUCAAGGUUCUUCGUUCCCGUCGGGUUCCAAUCAACCUGGACAAGGAUCAUCACCAUUUAAUGGCGGUUCUAAUCUGCCAUCUUUUGGAUCUGACUCUAGUGGUCUUGGGUCCACUCAGAAUAAACCAAAUGGCAAUCAAUAUUCAACAGGGUCAACAUCAGGCUCUUCAGGUCAAGAAUCUGGUUUACAAACUAACUCUAAUCUGCCACCGUUUGGAUCUAAAAAUAGUAACAUAGGUUCUCAGUACAGACCCGGUAGCAAUGCAGCAAGUUCUGGUGCCACAAAUAAAGGGUUUCCAUCACCAACCCAACUUGGAAGUAAUACACCUUCUUUACCUGGAUCAGGUCAGAGUAACUCUUCAUAUAGGCCUAUUGGAAAUCAGUCCUCCUUUGGCUCAACCAAUGGUCAAGGAUACCAGUAUAAUCAGCCAGGUUCCCAACCUAACCAACCUGGCAACCAACCUCAACGUCCUGGUUUUGCACCUACAUCAAUGUCUAACCAAGCGAAUUCUGGUCAAACGUUUGGAGGUCCUCGCCAGCCACCAAGCUUUAGCCCUGAGGAAGGAUACAAAUAUUAA